AUGAAGAUGUCCACCAUGCCAGACUUAAUCAAGGCCGUUUCUCAGGUCGUUUUAUCCCUCGUCGUUAUCGGAAAACCCCUUCCGGCGAUGGGUCAAUCAGUGCCCCGUCCUGGCCCAGGAGAGGUCUUGAUCUGCGUCGAAGUCACUGGUCUUCUAGCCCUUGAUCAAAAAUUCCGCGACUUCGGCGUUUUCAAUAUUGCCUCUCGCCUUCCCUUGGUGCUCAGCAUCGAUAUCGUCGGCAUGGUCGUCGAAUACGGGAUUUCGAUCGCUCCAAGUGAUGUCCCUUUCCCACCUAUCGGUACGCGUGUCCUCUUUCAGGGGAAUCUUCGUCGACCGCAUGCCGGUGGCUUGGCCCCGUACGUUCUCGCCGAUCCUCGACUUCUGCUUCCCGUCCCAGUGGCAAUAUCGUCCCUUCAAGCUGCAACGCUAAUCACCAACCCCUUCACUGCGGCUCUUUCUCUGUUCCACUCAUCUGGCCUGGAGUUUCCCUUUCCUAACACUGAUACGACCUUCGAGUACCAAAAAGCCCAUCUCAUCGUCCUUGGCGCGGGCACAAACGUCGGCACUUCCAUCGUUCAACUUGCGGCGAUUGCGGGCAUCGGAACUCCAAGGCCUCCUUUGCAAAACUCCGAACCCUUGGGGCAACUCAUGUCAUUGACCGGUUCUCCUCUUCUAUUCGCCGCCUCUCUUUUCGUUCCCACCAAUGUUUCGAAAGCCAUCGUCAUGUUGUCCUCCUCGACCGGUGCCGACAUUGAUGCCUUGGCUGAAAGGGGCAUUUCCUUGCGCAACAUCUAUGGCUCCUUCGAGGCUCAUCCUGAUAUGUUCCGAUCCUGGGCCUCGACUCUUUCCAGGUGGUUGUUGUCUGGCCAGUUGGAGGCACCCUCUCAUGUCGUAAUCCUCAGUGCCGACCCGCACCUCGUCAACGCCGCACUCGAUGACAUCGGGAAAGGUAGUGGGGUAAGGACGCCGGCCAGCUCCGCGCUCUAUGUUUCUUCCUGGCGCCGGCCGGCCCCAUCCAGUGACGGGUCUCAGAUUGACGUCGCGUUUGCGUAA